UACUUUAAUAGGAGAAGAAGAGAAAAAUCCAACAAUAGAAAAUGAAAAAUAGAAAUGCAAUUCAUCGUGCGUGCGAGCGUUGUCCUUGUUAGGCGUUCGACCAGCGAGGCGUGUGAUUCCGUAUACCCAGAGAGAUGUGACACAUCUUCCUGGUAUACCCAAGUGGUUGUUGUCGUCCUGUGUAGUCCCUAUAUUGCUAGCCUUCACCGUGGUCAUUGGCGUCGAAUAUCGAGGUAACCGAGGAGAUCAGUCACCAUGCCGACGUAUAAGCUGAUGUAUUUUAACGUUCGAGGCCGAGCUGAGGCUACCCGGAUGAUCUUCGCGCUCGCGGGCCAAGAUUACGAGGAUUACAGGUUCAAAGAAGGGGAGUGGCCAGAAAUCAAAGGAAAUACAGAAUUGUUUCCAUUGGGUCAGUGUCCCGUACUGCUCAUCGAUGGAAAGGCGAUGCCACACUCUAAGGCCAUCAAUCAGCAUCUCGCAAGAGAGUUCGGUUUGUACGGUGCUAACAGCGCCGAGGCUGCGCAGAUCGACAUCGUGGGUGAGACCGUCAUCGAUAUCGUCGCCAAAAUAUUGCCUGUCGCAUAUGAGAAGGAUGAAAAGAAGAAGAAAGAGCUACUUGAUGAUUUCAUGGAUAAAUCGUCGAAGCCAUUUCUUCCUUACCUCAACAACUUGAUUGAAACUGCAGGAGGCAGAUUCUUUGUUGGAAACUCGGAAACACUAGUUGACAUCGUAGUGUACUGCCUGCUGGACUUCAUAUUCCCUAUGGUAGAAUCAGCAAAGGAGACGUACCCUGCCUUGGCCAAGUUCUAUCAGAGUUUAACGGACAACUCCAGGCUCACGGACUACCUCAAAAACCGUCCUCCAGUAUCAAAGUAGACAAUAAUUCUAUUUUCCUACACAACUUCUAUGAUUAGAAGGUAACCUGCCUUGGCCAAGUUCGACAGGGUCUCACGGAGAACUCCAGGCUCACAGAUUACCUCAAAAACCGUCCUCCAGUACGAAAGUAGAUCAACAAUAAUUCCAUUUUCCUAUACAGCUACCAAUCAUGACAGGUCUUUGAGCUUGCAUACUAGAUCUUUUCAAAGUUGUAUGUCUCCGCCUUGAUAUCUAGAGCAUUCCUUGUAAAGCGUACUGGUAUUUUCGCCCGGUUGAAAUCGUCUGUUUGAAGACAGAAGAGUUUUAAGGUCCCUCUGCCUCCUAACAGACGAAAUGUGCUUUAUACAUUAUAUAACACACUCUCUCUAUCUCUCUCUUUCUCUCUCUC